AUGUCUGAAGAACGCCGUCCGCGAUCUCGCUUUGAUAGCGACGAGCCGGAGCGUCCGGCACGUUCGCGCUUCGACACUGACCGCCGCUCUAGGUCUCCGUCGCGACGAGAGUCCGAGUCGCAUCGCGCUCGUAGCCCUAUUUCUCGUGAAGGCACAGACAGCCCUGCCUCGGCCAGCUUCAAGAACAAGGCGGCUGCGGCUGCGGCUGCGGCGGCUGCGAGGAUCAACGCGCAGAUUCAGGCGAAGAAGGGCAUCCAGCACGUCGAUGUGCCGCCAAUUCGCUCUGCGCCCACUCCUCCAGUCGCCAAGUCGCCCGCAUCCAAUUCUGCUGCGGCCAUCAGCAACGAGACGUACCAGCAGGAUGGUGACUACAUCAAGGACAUUGAAAUCAAUGAUCUCCGUAAUCGUUAUACACUGACCAAAGGAGCCACACAAAAGAGGAUCAAAGACGAGACUGGCGCCGAUGUCACCACUCGUGGAGAAUAUUAUCCCGACAAGAACAUGGCCACUGCUGCUAACCCCCCGCUCUAUCUCCGCAUCACUAGCACUUCCAAGGAGGGCCUCGAAAAGGCUGUAGCAAUGAUUGAAGAGAUGAAGAAGGAAGAUCUCCCUAACUUAGUUGACGAACGUCGUUUCCGCCGUCGCGAGCCCGAGAACUUUGAACGUGACGAGUUUGGUCGGCGCAAGUGGCCCGAAGAGAAAAUCUCCGUAGGUCUGGAGCCUAUUAGUGGCUUUAACUUGCGAGCACAGGUUGUCGGUCGCGGUGGCGACAAUGUCAAGUUUAUCCAACAGGAGACAGGCUGCAAGGUGCAAAUCAAGGGUCGCGGUUCUGGUUUCAUGGAGCCCAACUCCGGCCAAGAGAGCGACGAGCCCAUGUACCUCCACAUUGCCGGACCCCGCCCUGAAGGUGUAGCCCAAGCGAAGCAGCUCUGCGAAGAGCUGCUCGACAAGGUAAAGACAGACUACCAUGCUUUCAAGGACCGCCCUGCAUCAGCUCGAUUUGGUGACCGCGACGGCUACUCCGGUGGCCGACCAGGAUACGGCGACCGCGGCGACCGUGGCGACCGUGGCGACCGUGGCAGAAGCGAAAGCUAUGGUUACGGAGGCGCUGGUGGCUACGGCGGCUACGGCGGACAUGGUGGGCAAGGAGGCCACAACGGCUAUGGUGCCCUGGAGAGCCACAUGUCACCAGCCGCCGCAACGCCAACUGCCGACGCGAACAACCAGGCCUUUGAUGCGAAUGCUGCCCAAGCAUGGAUUGCAUACUACCAGCAAAACCCUGACCAAGACCCCUAUGCCCAAUAUGGUGGUUACCAAGCAUAUCUUACCAUGCAGCAGCAGCAGUAUGCCGCUUACUAUGCUCAGGCCGGUUAUGGACAAACUCAGUCGCCUGCUCCAGGGGCCGGUGCCGCUGCACCACCUCCACCACCACCUUCCGAGCCUGCGUCGGCUGGCUAUGGUGCUCCCCCGCCACCACCUCCGCCUGCUGCUUCGCCUUCAAACUACGGCGCGGUCCCUCCACCGCCCGGCUUGAUGCGGUCGCAAAUCAUCUGUGCCGGCCAAGCGGCCAAGUACAGGCCUCACCUGCUCUCCUCGCUCCGGCAAUCCGCCCUACAACCUCGAAGGUAUCUAGCUACGACUCAUGACCUGCCCAAGGCUCGCAAUGUCGACAUUGCCUCACGCACCCCGCCAUAUGCCAAACUACUCUCUCGCCUGGAGGAAGUACGGCGCGUGCUUGGCUCCUCACGCCAAUUGACCUUGGCUGAAAAGAUAUUGUAUUCGCAUCUUGAGAACCCCGAGGAGUCGCUCUUGAGCAACACAAAUGGCGGGCGGAAUAUCAGAGGCCAGGCAAACCUGAAGUUGAAGCCCGACCGUGUGGCGAUGCAGGACGCUAGUGCACAGAUGGCUCUGCUGCAGUUUAUGAGCUGUGGACUUCCGACAACAGCAGUCCCAGCAAGUAUACACUGCGACCAUCUUAUUGUCGGUGAGAAAGGUGCCGAAGCCGAUCUUCCACAGUCUAUUGCAGGCAACAGCGAGAUUUUCGAUUUUUUGGAGUCGGCGGCAAAGAAAUAUGGAGUCGAGUUUUGGCCGCCGGGUGCGGGUAUCAUCCAUCAAACCGUGUUGGAGAACUACAGCGCACCGGGUGUAAUGAUUCUGGGAACUGACAGCCACUCACCGAAUGCUGGCGGGCUUGGCUCCAUUACCAUUGGUGUAGGUGGUGCCGACGCAGUAGAUGCUCUAGUAGAUGCACCAUGGGAGCUCAAGGCACCCAAAGUCCUGGGCGUCAAGCUCACUGGAGAGCUCAGUGGAUGGGCUUCUCCAAAGGACGUGAUUCUUAACUUGGCUGGUCAACUCACAGUCCGGGGCGGUACUGGCUACAUCAUUGAAUACUUUGGUCCUGGAGUGCAGUCUUUGAGCUGCACUGGUAUGGCGACUAUCUGCAACAUGGGUGCUGAAGUCGGCGCAACUACAUCGCUCUUCCCCUUCUCUCCAGCACAUGUUCCUUACCUGCAGGCCACACAUCGUGGAUCCAUUGCUGAAGCAGCCACCAAGAUCGCUCAAUCGCCAAUGCAACAGAACCUCUUGCGAUCCGACCCAGAUGCCGUCUAUGACAAAGUCAUUGAAAUUAACCUCUCAGAGCUGGAACCCCAUAUUAACGGACCCUUCACCCCUGAUCUAUCAACACCUCUCUCUAAGUUCAAGACAGUAGUUGAAGAAAAGGGAUGGCCAAAGACAUUUGGUGCAGGUCUCAUUGGUAGUUGCACGAACAGUUCUUACCAGGAUAUGACCCGUUCAGAAGAGAUUGUGAAGCAGGCGUCAGCUGCGGGCCUCAAGCCGAAGGCUGACUUCUUCAUCACACCAGGCAGUGAACAAAUCCGGGCAACAUUAGACCGAGACAACACUCUAUCUACUUUUACUUCAGCAGGAGGUACUUGGAAGCGCACAGACGAGGUCAAGAAGGGCGAGUCCAACGCCAUCUUCACAUCUUACAACCGCAACUUUCCCGGUCGUAAUGAUGGCAACCGUGCGACAAUGAACUUCCUCGCAUCCCCUGAACUCAUCACUGCCAUGGCAUACUCUGGUUCCACAACCUUCAACCCUAUGACUGACAGCAUUCCCACGCCGUCUGGUGAGCCUUUCAAGUUUGCGCCACCAAAGGGCUCUGAUCUACCUUCGGAGGGAUUUGCAGAUGGUAACCCAGAUUUUAUGCCCACGCCAGGUGUACCUGACCCCAAUGUCGAGGUCGUUGUGUCGCCUACCUCUAGCCGUCUGGCACUGCUCGACCCCUUCCCAGCAUUCCCUGACUCUGAGUUUACAGGGCUUCGCGUCCUCUACAAAGUCAAGGGACAGUGUACAACAGACACCAUCUCUGCAGCCGGCCCAUGGCUCAAGUACAAGGGCCAUCUGCCCAACAUUUCUGAGAACACACUGAUCGGUGCAGUCAACGCGGAAACAGACGAAGUCAAUGUUGCUUAUGAUGUGGAUGGCAAGAAAUCUGGUAUUCCUGAGUUGGCAAAGAGAUGGCGCGACCAAGGUGUUGAAUGGCUCGUCGUGGCAGAGCACAACUACGGUGAAGGCUCUGCACGUGAGCACGCCGCUCUGCAGCCGCGUUACCUGGGAGGACGCAUCAUCCUCGCCAAGUCUUUUGCCCGAAUCCACGAGACCAACCUUAAAAAGCAAGGUAUCGUACCUCUGACAUUCGCAAACGAGGCCGACUACGACGCCUUUGCGGCUUGCGACCAAGUUGCCACAAGGGGAUUGUUGGAUGUAUUGAGGAGCGGUGGCAAGGGAGAGGUUGAGUUGGUUCUCAAGAAGAAAGAUGGCAGCGAGAAGGUGGUCAAGACCAAGCACACGCUCUCGCAAGAUCAGUGUGGCUUCAUCCUUGCUGGCAGCGCGCUCAACCUUUUGGCGAGGAAGGGAAGAGAGAUGAAGGAGGAGAUUACUAGGAGUGCCGAAUUGACUGACUAG